AGUUUCGUAGUAGUAUCUCGAGCGCCCUUAACCAACCGUGUUCACGCUGUCGUGCGACAAGAGGCGAGAGAGACGGAGUUUCCAGGCCAGGUAGCCGGUGACGAGUCGCCGACAGACGUUGCGCGCGUUCGCGAGUGCCCCGCGGCUGGCUGCGUGGCCCUGACAGCAGCAGCAGCCGGCCCUCGGCCGGCGGAGCCUCCUGCCUCGCGCGCGUCGAGUUCCGUUCCUGCGGACGGAGCGCACGAGCGAGCGAGUGUCGGGCGCGAGUCGAGUCGAGGGGAGUCACACGCUCGAGAGAGGCGAAGCAGCGGACGGUCGAUUGACGCGGACAGUAGGAACAACGGGCUUGGAGACGAGCGCGGCCUACGUGCGAUUCUUCCUGCGUAUCUGAUGAGCUCCUCCGCCGCGCCGCUGCUGGUGGUAAGAUGGCUGUGCAGCUGGACGGAGGAGGGAAGGAGGACCUGAAAACACAGUUUGUCACGCGGGAGGGCACCUACAAGCUGAUGACCCUAUCGGAGUACUCGAGACCGAACCGGGUCGGCUACACCAACAGCCAGGGCAGCGCGUCCGUCAGGGUGUCCUUCGUCACGUUGCCGGAUCCAGCGGAUCCUACGGGCUCGCAGGGCCUCGGCGACCGAAUGUGUUUCAACUUCGGGAAGGAGCUCUACGUUUACGUCUACCGUGGCGUCAAGAAGGCUGUGGAUUUGAACAAACCAGUGGAUAAAAAGUUAUACAAAGGGACUAAUCCAACUUGCCACAAUUUUAAUCAAACAACAGCAACAGCUGAUAGCGCUCCGUUAUUGGUGGGAUUUUCUACAGGGCAGAUACAGUUGAUUGAUCCGAUAAAGAAGGAACUCAGCAAAUUGUACAAUGAAGAUAGGCUGAUAGAUAAAAGCAAAGUGACGUGCAUAAAGUGGGUUCCUGGCUCGAACAACCUAUUUUUGGUUUCUCAUAGUUCUGGUCAAUUGUACCUUUAUAAUGAAGAGCUGCUCUGCGGCACCACAGCGCCUCAUUAUCAGUCAUUUAAGUCGGGUGACGGAUACGCCAUAUAUACCUGCAAGACUAAAUCCACCAGGAAUCCGCUGUAUCGGUGGGUGAUAGGUGCGGAAGGUUGUUGUAUAAACGAGUUCGCCUUCAGCCCUUGCGGCACAAACUUAGCCGUGGUGUCCCAGGAUGGAUUUCUGCGCGUUUUUCAAUACAACACCAUGGAGUUGGUCGGCUCGGCAAGGAGCUAUUUUGGUGGUUUUCUGUGUGUGUGCUGGUCACCGGACGGACGUUACGUGGUGGUCGGUGGCGAGGACGAUUUAGUGACCAUUUGGAGCUUCCACGAGAAACGAGUCGUGGCACGAGGACAGGGCCACCAUAGUUGGGUGAGCGUAGUCGCCUUCGAUCCGUAUACCACGUCCUACGGCGAUCACGAUCCUGACUUUAGCGGCUCGGAUGACGAGACAACGAUGCCACACAGCAAUCAUAAUCACUUCCACGAAAAGUCGCAUCGUCUUUCCACGACCUCGCAAGGCGGCCAUUCGAACCGUAACUCCUGCGGCUCGGAAUUGAGAAUGUCGAGCGGCACGUGCUACAGGUUAGGCAGUGUAUCUCAAGAUACUCAGCUGUGUCUGUGGGACAUCACGGAAGAUGUACUGAGACAACCAGUGUGCGCCAAGCAGAGGUCCUCCGUAGCGGGUGGCACCAGCGGCACUCUGUCGUCUUCGGGUACGUUUAAUAGUGGUAACGGAACAGCGGCGACGGCGAAUCAUCAUUCGAACUCGAAUGCUAAACACAAUAACUCGAAUAACAUAAAUUUUAAAGAGAACGCGAGUGGUAAUAACGAAAAUAGUAAUAAUAGCACGAGCACGAACGCCGCGGUGGCGACUGUGAAUUCGCUGACGCAGAGGCUAGCGGGUCUUGGUUUUGGCGAGCGUAAAGGUGAUAAUCACAAGAGAAACUUUAGUCUCACUAUGCGAGGCGGAGGCACCGGUGCGGCGGCGGCGGCGGCAACGGCGACCAACAACAGUACGACGACAGUUGUGCAAAACAAUGGUGGCGAUAAGGCGAGCACUGGAAACUCGACGAAUACGACGAGUAGUAGUCUGAACAACAGUGUUAGUGCGAGUUUAGUAGGUGGAACGGGGAAUAAAAAGGUUAGUUCCGUGAUGGACGAUCCAAUGAGGUUGAUAGGGACCGCCUGGUGUCCCAGGUUCGACGAGUGCCCGGUCCUCGAGCCGCUGGUGUGCAAGAAGCUGGCGCACGAGAGGCUGACUGAAUUAGUGUUUAGGGAAGAUUGCUUCGUGACGGCGUGUCAGGACGGAUACGUGUACACGUGGGCGAGACCCGGCCACAUGUGCAAUGAUGACCAAAUGUUCAAGCAUGCUAUGACCAUCAAUUUGUCACCAAAUGAUGAAAUGACAAUUAGUCCGGUGGUGCCAUGUUAUAUGAAACAAGCUGGAUGUGCACGAUGGCAAUUUCUUAAAUUGGGAAGUAGUGUGCCGAUAAAGGCAGGUGACGUCUGCUCUCUGCUGCCUGAUAAAUGUUGGUUUAAGAUCAUCUCGAUACCAGACAUGAUGGAAGAAAAUGAUCAAAUAUUAAAGAGAAAAGCUAAUGAAAAUUUGAGUAAUGAAGUGGACUGUAAGAAAGAAUGCUUGUCAUCCAAUGUGGAAGCUAUUGUAUCUCCUAGUAAAACUUUGACUGAUGUGCAAAGUGAUAAAGAUAUGUUAAAUGAGCAUCAGAAUUCUUCCGUUAAUGAUGAAAAUAGUGAGCACAAUGAUGGCACUGUUCCAGUUUUACAGGAAAUCUAUUUUGCAAGCUCUUUAGAGGGAAGUAAUAUGCCUGCAACAUGUUCUAAAAUGGCACCAGAUCAAGAAAUAACUGAACCUUGUGUCAAGCAACAGAAUGAUAAGAAACGGAAAGCAAAGAACAUUAACUUAGCGAAUAAAUCUGCAACAGAUGUUGAAGCAGGAAAGAAAAUUAAAUUGGAUUGCAAUGUUCAUUUCAGUGAUCAACCCAAAAUUCAAGCUUUGCCAACACAGAAUAAUUCUCAUUCGCCAGUUGCCUCGCGUCAGGAUCAAACCAGUGCAUUAAAUGCCGGUAGAACUCCUAGAGAAAAAUGUAUGUACGGUGGUCGAUGUUAUCGGAAAAAUCCUAAUCACAAGAACAAUUACAGUCAUCCUGAUGAUUCCGAUUACGAAAAGAUAGAUGGUCGAGAAGAGUGUCCGUAUGGUAUAAAGUGUUAUCGUAAAAAUCCUCAGCACAAAAUGCAAUUUAAGCAUACAAGUGUACCACAUCGCCGUCGAAGAGCUGCCACCCCAAUGCACUCAGCGAUCAUCGAUAUCACAUCCGACAAUUCAUCUGCAGAGGAGUCCGUCGACGAAUCUGAUUACGAACCGUCUGUAUAUACAGAAAGUUCAGAUGACUUAGACGACGAAAGUAGAAGCGAGUGGGAGGAUGGCACAACAGGCUGACAACAAAUAUUGCCUUCGUCGAUUUCGACGUAUUUUGGAGAACGUUUAAAUUAUGGAUGUUUUUAUUGGUAAUUCAGUUAUUUUAUUAUCAAAUAUUUAUUUUCUACUCUGAGAAGGAUUAGAAUAUUAUACCUGCAUCUAUUUUUUUAAUGUGAAAAAGAAUAUAAAAGUGUUAAUAAUACA